ACAUGCAAGGGCGUUCGAUACAUUUUUUUCCUGAAGACUUUCUUUCUGGGUGAAAAAAAAUCUCUAUUUGUCUUCCCAGUACUUGCUGUUCUAGCAGAAAAUUCUGAGCCACUGACGUCUUUCAGUCACUCUGAAGAUUGCUGCUUCGUUGUUAGUCAAAGCUGGAUUCUCUAUGCCACAAGAGAACAUCAUAGCUACAAAAUCCAGAGAUUAAGCAAGAUGAUUAAUUCCAGUUUGACAACCCCGUCUUCUCUGAAUGGCAGCUCACAACAUUCUGGAAUGAACAAUACCACAGAUUAUAGCCCAAGAGUGAUCUAUGAUUAUUCAGAAAAAAUAAUCCUUUUAGUCAUCUGCGUGUUUGGACUCGUGGGGGACGCAGUCGUCAUCUGGCUUCUUGGCUUCCGCAUUAAGAAGAAUUUUUUCUCCAUCUAUAUCCUGAACUUGGCUGUUGCUGACUUUGGGGUCCUCGUGGUCCUCACUGUAUUCUUUAGUCUGAAUAUUGCUGUUGAGGGCCAUUUCCUUUUCAAAUUCAUACUUCAAGAGCUCUACAUAUUCAUGUAUAAUAGUAGCCAGUUUUUACUGGCAGCCAUCAGCAUUGACCGGUGUGUGUGCAUCCUCUUCCCAAUUUGGCGUCGUAUCCACCAGCCAUCACGCUUGUCCGUCACCGUGUGUGCCCUCAUCUGGGUCAUCUCCUUCCUCCUUAAUGCAAUUCACUUCAUUCUCUUCAUCACAGGGAGCUGGAACAAGAAGCUCACGUAUUACCAGUUUUUCCUGAAUGUCUUGAUUUGCCUUCCGGUCAUGACGAUUUCCACUCUGUUCCUGUUAACUAAAUUCUGCUUUAAAUCACAACUGGGCCUGCAGAGGAAACCUUUAACUAUUAUCCUACUUACACUAAUUUUCUUCCUUAUCUUUGCUUUUCCUCUGAAUGCCUUUUAUUUCAUUAACUAUUUUUCUAAUUUUGCAUAUCCCAAACUAUACAUCUAUGGAUACAUAGGAGCUUCCCUAAAUAGCAGUGUCAACCCUUUGAUCUAUUUCCUGGUUGGGAGACAGAGGAGGUCUCAAUCUAUGGAGAGCAUAAAGAGCGUAUUCCAAAGAGUCUUUACAGAGGAGCAAAGUUGCAGUAGUGAAUUGUAGCCUCCACGUCUCCAAGUUUCUAUUUGC